AUGUUUUGGGAAGAGCAAGUGAACGACAAGCAAGAAUCUGAGCUUCAGAAGUUGGUGAAUGAGGACAAGUUCGAUGCUGUUAUCACUCAUCCGCUAUGUUUCCAGGAACUCAGACAGAAUUCAGACUAUUUGGUUCAUUAUUUGACCAAAAAAGAACAUUUGCAGAGGAUGUUGGAUCGGUCUCUGUACCGCAUCAUAGUAGACGAUGUUGAUCCUGUAGACCAGUUCAAGUACGUUUUUUUACUUUUUUUUGCAUUUUAAUGUUUAGAAAUUCAAUCAGUUCUAUUGCUGUCUUAUGUAUGGGUAACAGUUACAUCAGCGAAGCUUUAAUGGACGAUAAGGAAAUCUGGACGCCCAUCGCCGAGUUCUUGAAGGAUUCUGAUUCUAAACCAUAUGUCAAUCAUGUUACAUGCGGAUUCUACAAGCGAUUAAUUGUAGCACUGGUGAGCAAGAUGACGGAGUUUGACACAGAGGUAACCUUUCUUGGAUUUUGAUUAGAUUUUAAUAUUAAAAAAGCGUAGCACUUGAAUUAUAAGAAUCAAUUGCAGCUGAUUCACAUUUUGGAAAACGAUGGUUUUGUGGAUUUGAUGCUUGCCAAUCUCAAGUAUGGAGCCAUUGCGGAAUUGAUUACGAAAAUUCCAAUGCACGGUGUCAAUGAAUUCGUUCAAUCAGCCAUUUUUGAGGUAAUAAGGGUUUUAUUUUUACUUAUUUUAGGUAUUUUUUAAAAGAUUUUACAGAAACGGUUUAAAAACCUAAAAAAAUUUUCAGAUGUACGUCCGUCAAAAUUUGCCGAUAAAGAUGUACGAAGAGAUGAUGAAAGAAGAUGUGUCAGACGAUGUGCUGGAGAAUAUUGUUUAUCUUCACAGUGAAUUCGAUGAAAUGCAAUUGAAGUCUUGUUUCAGUGCUCGAGUGUUCUCUGAGCAUCUGUUCAACGUAGAACCGUUAUCGAUAUUAUUGGACGCAGCAUUUCCAGCUGAUCGAUCUUGUUUUAAACCUAGAGUUACUACAGCCGCUUGCCAGAUUCUUCAGUUGUUUUUGGAUUUAAAUCAUUCCUCGAACGAAGCGGGUUUUAAAGUUCAUCCAGAACAUUACAUGAAAAUACCAAUGAACGAGAUGUACGAUCGAGGCUAUAGGCUGGAGACAUAUUUGAUGAACAAGGCUGACUUGAUUGUUUCUUAUCUACUACAAUGUUUAGAGGUAUAUUUGGUACUAAUUCUUUCUUUUUAAACUAAAUUUGGCCUUACGAUCUUAAUAUGUUUACUUUUGGAUGUUAAAAAUUUUGCUUUAGGAUCAAGAUGCUGAUGCUACAGUAACCGCUGUGAACUGUCUUACCGUUCUUCAAGGCCUUUUGAAUUCAGACUUUCUGACGACACACAGAAGUUUCAAGACAGUUUUUAGUCAAGACAGAACUCACUGGAGGCUGUUAUUAAGUGAAUUGUUCAACAACGCUCAUUCUACCAUCAUAGCUACUCGUAUUGUCAGUGUCUUUGCUUAUAUGUUGAACUGCAGCUCUGAUCUUGAAGACUUUCCUUUGGUAGACAUGUUGGUGGCAUGUGAAGAGAACAUUUGUCAUAUCGUGGCGACGAAGGUAAAGCAAUACGAAGCGAUGUCACCGGAUGAACGUGAUCGUAUACAGUACGCGGCUACUCAGCAACUGUCAGCUUAUAUUAGACUGGCACAAGAAGAUGAUUCGACCAGGGCAAAGUACAUGAAUAUGCUUAUUAAUGGUAAGUUCUGUGUUUAUUACAGUAGUUUUAUUAAUAUUUGUUUAAAUUCACAUUUUUUAACGAUAUUUUUAUUUUCAGAAUCUUCUGCAUCAGAAGCUUGGAACGAGUUGUCAAACAAGACUAUAUUGAGUAUGACCGACGCUUCAAGGCUAACCAAUCUCACAACUACGACCAACCAAUCAGUGGUAGUCGAUGAACUGGAGGAAUCUGCUGAUCAUGAAGACUUCUCUUUCGCUGACCUGAUUGGAAAGGAAAAACCUGUGAAAUACAUUGGAUUUGAUACGUAUGCUGAUAAGACGACGAACAUGUUCUCGGACAUGAAGAUAAAGGAAUCUGAAGCGGAUUUUGAAGCUGCACAGAGUUCUCAAGAUGUGAAUGUUGAAGUAUCUGAUGACGAAUUUGAGAAAUUGACGCCAGAAGACUGGGAAUUCGAUAAAAGUAUUAAGAAUGAUCAAGUUGUGCCUUCUGAAUCCGAAUCCAAAAAAACGACGACGGAAUUUUCACCCACUAAAGAUUCAAAUUUAAAAGACGAAUCAGUUGAUGAAGAAGAAGAAUCGGUUGAAGAAUCUUCUGCUAAUGUUAUAGACGAAUGGGAGGAUCAGGGACGGAUGGCAGAUGACUUCCCACCCUUCUGUAACACUCCAGAUGCCAAAAAGAUCAUGGAGGAGAAUGUCUCCGAGAACAAAUCUGAGAGGUUUGAUUCUCCUGACAUUGUCUUUGACCGUUUGGAUUCUGAGAAGAGUAAGUUCAAAGUAAAUUUCGUGUAAUUGAAGUUUAGAAACACCAAAGCAUUCGAGGAUCCAUCGUGGAAUAACAUCACCGUGCUCAUCCAGGAUCGAUCUCUUUGAUGAAUGUGACACUCCAAAGAGAAGCGGUCAAAAUUAUGGUACUUUUAGGCUGAUUUCGCUAUCCUUGAUAAACUUGCGUUAGAAAAGCUUGAUAUUGUUAAUAAUAGAGUCACUCUGACACUAUAAAGUUAUAACGAAGUAAUAUAAUCAGAAGCAUAAUGAUUUGUCCGGUGAUUAGUAAUUUCGUUUCAGAACCUACGAAAGAAGAUUCACUGUUUGGCGACUUCUCCUCAUCGUCACCGAAGGCCUUUUCCCCAGAAGAAUCAACCGAAAACGACUGGCCUACCACGUCUUUGACGACCUCACCUCAAAACUCAUCACUUUUCUCAUCUAACGACUUGUUCAAUGAUACUCCGAAGAAGACAGAAUCUGAUGACUGGCCGACUUCACCCAGCACUCCGAAGAAGGACGAUGCGGGCUGGGCCAACUUUUAA